AUGGCUGAUCCGCUGAGCGUGAGUGCUGGUUUACUGGCCGUCAUCACGGCUGCAAUCCAAUCUAGCAAAGCCCUCUACGACACAGUUCGGAGUUUCCAAAACCAUCGGCGGGCUGUUGUUUGUCUGCUGGAUGAAUUAGCCGCUCUCAAUCAAGUUCUCCAAUCUCUACAAUCGCUUGUUGUUUCCAAUGCGAGCGCGUUCACUUCAUUGAAGCUUCCCCUGGAACGAUGCAGUCAAGCAUGCUCGGACUUUGAGGGGCUGCUGAUCAAAUGUAGCAAGCACUCGGGAGGUGCUAGAACCAGUUUUAGAGAUUGGGCGAGACUGAAAUACAUGGGGAACGACGUGAACGGCUUCACCAACAUGAUCGCAGGGUACAAAAGCACCAUCUGCAUCGCCCUUGCCGAUGCAAAUCUGCAUUCUACUUCUGUCACUUUAAAGGUGCUCAAUGAGUAUAAAGAUUUGGUCCAAAGUACCACCCAAGAUCUGGAGGAUCAUCUCAAGGACAUUGACGCAAAACUUCAAAGUCAUGCGAGUGACGCCGAACAAGCCUCCGAAACUAUGCAGCUCGACAUACAGCGGAUCAAGAACGAGAAAGGGAACGUUGAAAUGUGUCUCCAAUUCUGCAACGAAGUACUGUCUCACAUCAAUGAAAUGCACUUUCCGCCGAUCGUCGGUCAGGGGAAGGCGACUGAGCGUUCUAGCCCCGUUCUUCAGGCCAGAGACUUCACGCGGGCGGAGACCAUAACAUUGUCGGGGCUGAGAGUAUGUAGCGAUGCGCUCUCCGAGACCAUCAAACACCUCCACUCUGAGCGAGAUUCCAGUAGUUUGGAAAAUGAUACGGCCGUGGAGGAUCCGGGAGCAGGCGUUCAAACGCUCGAAGGCGAGUUCAAGAGCGCCAAAAGGUUACUGGAGAUCUGCAACGGUGCAGCUGGAAGGGCCUCAGAGAAGCGUGUACACGUCGUGGAGGAUAUGAGGGUGGGCCACGAUGGGCAACAGCUAUUCGUUUCCACCCUUGGUGACCUUUUCGACAUUAAAGGAGUCUCUGCAGGAGAUCGGGCAAUUCAGUUCGUCGGUUCUGUCUCAGACAGAACUCUCCAACAAUACUUCACUACUCAAACCCAACGUCACUGA